UACUUUUGACCCGAACGGUUUGUCGCCUCCUUGGAGCCCUGAACCAUCUCCUGAACCGGAUUCCGAGAUCGACAAUGUCGAAAAUGCAGAAAUCUUCGAGGGCCCGGGACAACACCUCACCUGUGCGGAAAGUUCAAAAACGAUCACUUGCGAAAGCGAAGAAAUCGUUGUCUCCGGAAGCGAGCAAGUCACGAAUGAGGGAAAUGAAGAGGAUGUUCAAGCUAAUGAAGCGAGCGUCAAUGCAGAAAAUCAAGAAACCGUCGAGGCAGAGGGACAGCACCUCACCUGUGCGGAAAGUGAAGGAACGGCAAAUUGGGAAAGGGUGCAAGACGUUGAUGCACAAAAUGAGCAAGACCAGAAUGCCGAAAACGCAAAAGUCUUCGAAGCCGAAAAUAAAGAAAGUGGCGCUACUGAGAGUCAGCCGUCGCCGCGGAUUUCGGAAGAAUGUGUUGCGACAAGCUCCGGUUUUGUGCCCGAAGGCCUUUGGAACAAUCGCCGAACCAGACGGAAGCAAGAAGAAAUCUACACUAUGGAAAGACUUCUGUGCGAUCUUGAAAAUGAUGAAGAUGAUACCGAAAUAGAUUCGACUGGAUCCGACGACGAAGAGGAGAUACCUUGGAGAAUUCUGGGCGACGAAGCCACCAAUGAACGCUUGUUCGAUCAGUUUAAGGUUGAGCCAGUUGAGGCAGAGGGUCAAGCAGAGGUGGAGAGGUUGCCUGACGGUAUACUGCGCGUUCUCACUAGGAAAGACAACAACAAAUUGGCCAUAGAAGACAAUCUUCACCGAUUGCUAGAGAAGUGCGUGUACGACGAUUUAUCGGAUCCUCAGAAGGCAGCAACCGUCAACUGCAUCCGAGGCGGAGGCCGAUUUUUGUUGUUUGACGAGGGUGGGCUCGGGAAAUCGAUGGUGGCGCUGGCGACAAUGAGCUUCUUCAGCGAAGACUACCCGCUAUUGAUUGUCACCACACCGCAGUCCCGGGAGAAAUGGGCGACUGUAG